AUGAAUUCAAAUAUAGAAAUGAAACAAUUAAUUAUACAAAAUAUUCGUAAUGAUAUACAAAGUCAAAAUCCAAUAUUUAUUAAUUUAGCUUUACAAUGUGUUGUUAAUAUUGGUGAUAAAGAAAUGGCAGCUGCAUUUACAAAUGAAAUUCCUCGUUUAUUAUAUCAGGAUAUCAUUGAUUCUGUUAAGCAAUCAGCUGCUCUUUGUUUAUUAAGACUUCAUCGUACAAGUCCAGAAUCAUUACAUUUAAAUACUGAACGGACUGGAAGAAUUAUUCAUCUUCUUAAUCAUCAACAUUUAGGUACAGCAACAUCAGCAGUUAGUUUAAUUGAUGCACUUGUUAAACGUAAUCCAGAUGAAUAUAAAGGUUGUAUUAGUUUGGCUGUUUCACGUUUAAGCAAAAUUGUUACUUCAUCAUAUACGGAUUUUCAAGAUUAUACUUAUUAUUUUGUUUCAGCACUAUGGCUUUGUGUUAAAUUAUUACGUUUACUUCAAAAUUAUCCAUCACCAGAUGAUCGAUCAAUUCGAAGUCGUUUAAAUGAAUGUCUUGACAUAAUGCUUAAUAAAGCACAAGAACCAUUAAAAUCUAAGAAAGUUCAACAUUCAAAUAUACGUAAUGCUGUUUUAUUUGAAGCAAUUAAUCUUAUUAUACAUAUGGAUUGUGAAUCAACAUUACUUGUACGUGCAUGUAACCAACUUGGACAAUUUUUACAAAAUCGUGAAACAAAUCUUCGUUAUCUUGCAUUGGAAAGUAUGUGUUUAUUAGCAACAUCAGAAUUUUCACAUGAAGCUGUUAAAAAACAUCAAGAAACAGUUAUUAAUGCAUUAAAAAGUGAACGUGAUGUUGGUGUUCGUCAACGUGCGGUUGAUCUUCUUUAUGCAAUGUGUGAUAGAUCAAAUGCACAAGAUAUUGUACAAGAAAUGUUAACAUAUCUUGAAACAGCUGAUUAUACAAUUCGAGAAGAAAUGGUUCUUAAAAUUGCAAUACUUAGUGGAAAAUAUGCAAUUGAUUAUAAAUGGUAUUUAGAUGUAAUGCUUAAAUUAAUUCGUAUAGCUGGUGAUUUUGUUUCUGAAGAAGUUUGGUAUCAUGUUAUUCAAGUUGUUGUUAAUAGAAAUGAUGUACAAAGUUAUGCAGCUAAAAUUGCCUUUGAAGCAUUACAAGCACCAGCUUGCCAUGAAAAUAUGGUUAAAGUAGCUAGAUAUAUUCUUGGUGAAUAUUGA